CUGCCUCGCCUCCUUGGUGGCUCAUGUGGCCGUGUGACAGGUUCUUUCCAGCGGGGGUCCUGUGCGCCUGACGGCUGGGCGUCAGUAGAAGUCCGGCCGGUGAAAGUGCCUUGACUGGCAGAGUCACCUGCGGAAUUUCUGCAGUUUUCGCAGUUGUUAAAUGCAGGGGGAUCCUGCCGGGACAAACGGCGCACGCUCGUGUGUGUCAAGUCUUUGGGUUUGGCUCUAGGAUCACAGCCACGAUUUGGCAGCGAUUAUUUCCCUGGAGUUGAUCUUAUCCCAUGGUUUAUUCCGCCCCGCCCCCGCGCCUGCAGAGUCACCUGGGUGUUUAAGGAGCUGCAGGAUCGAAGCCGAAUAGCAGUAACGUGGAAAAUGAAAAUUGCAGCUUCUCGUUUGAAGAGCCUCAAUUAAAUACUGCACUUUCUUUCUCAGAUAAUCAGUUUUGUUCUGGUGGCUGAGCGCAAGAUAGAGCUGGAUGAAAUCAAUAGACCUCCCUCAUUGUUUAUCACAACGUCAGAUAUACUUCUUCUAAACACGGUGGUUCCGUUUAACUGCCUUAGUUAAUAGAUCUUCAUAAAUUUGUCUACACUCCUUUUAAAACUGAUCAUCCCUACUACUUUUGACAGUAAAUUUAAUGUCAAUUGUGUAUGAUGUCUUCUUUCUGUCUUGAAAAUGCCAAUUGAUGUUACGGUGUGAAUGUGAUAUUUUGGUGUUAUAUGAGAGGGUGAAACAUUUCUGUGUCUGCGCUCUCCACACCAUUCAUAAUAUUAUAAACCUCUUAUGGUGGUCUCGUUUAUUCCCCCCCCCCCAAAAAAAACCCCGACCCUGUGCUUCUUGUUCUUUACCAAGUUACUGGUCUGUAAGGAGGCAUGUCCUCUGAUCUCAUGACUAGGAACUUAGGAUCUUGUGUUUGAGGAAUGUUGUCAAGAGUUUUGAGAGCCCAUACAUUAAUGAAUAGGAUCAAUCCUAUCAGACUAGAAGGAGCCUUGCAUAAUUCAGGAUGUGAUGAUCUCGAGGUAGUGUAAUGGUGCAGUGUGGUUAAUUUAAUUUAAUAUAUUACCUUUCUAACCCACCCUCCCCACGAAUGGGCUCAGGGUGGGUAACACCAUUGUUAGACUACAAUAACAGUAAAUACAGUAAAAAAUUAAUAAUACGAUACAAAGUACAAAACACAAUUAAAACCAUAAAACCAUAUCCAACAGCAGCAAAGAUAUUAAAACUAUACACCUCUUCAGCAGUCGGAGGGGGUAGGGCAGUGGACCAAGGCCACAGCAGAGAGGCAGACCAGGUAGUCCACCCAGACCUCAACCACUGCCGUAGGCCUGGCAGAACAUCUCUGUCUUACAGGUAUGGUGGAACUGUGAUAAGUCCCACAGGGCCCUGGUCUUGACACAGAGAGAGUUCCACCAGGCUGGUGCCAAGGCUAAAAACGACCUGGCCCUAGCUGAGGCUAGGUAAACAUCCUUGGGACCAGGAACCAUCAGAAGAUGUUGAUCGGCUGAGCAAAGAGCCCUCCGGGGAACAUAUGGCAAGAGGCAGUCCUGCAGGUCGGUUCUCAGACUCUCAUGAACUUUCUGAGCUUGUGUAUUCAGCCUCCAAUUUGCUGGUGUUGCUGAAUGACUGGAUCCUUCGGAAGGAGUUGCGGCAGUCCCUUCCUGUGUCACUUCCCCAGCAGAAACUGCUGACAUGGCUGAGUGUCCUAGAAUGCAUGGAAGUCUUUGCCGAGAUGGGGGCUGCCAAGAUGUGGGGUGAGACUGGCCGAUGGGCCACCAUUGUCCUCAUCCAGCUUGCCAAAGCCAUCCUGCGCCUCCUGCUGUUGCUCUGGUACAAAGCUGGCAUCCAGACAUCUCCUCCAAUUGUGCCACUAGACAGGAGACAGUCAUUGCAGCAGCAAGAUACAGAGGGCCACUCGACAGGCAAGGAGCAGAUAUAUGUGGGGAAACGCUCUAGCCGUGUCAUGAGGUCCCUCGAAAGCACCCCAUCUCUGUACUCCAGACAUUGGGGAGCACCUCAGCUAAGGGAGGAGAAGCAGAACCAAAGAGCCGUAGAGAUGGACCAGCCUCCAACCCCUUUACGCAUUCAGGAAACCACUGCGGAGUCCAUCUACGUGAUCCGGCCUCUGCUCCACUUACUAAGUCUAGGGCUAUGGGGACAGAGAUCUUGGAAACCCUGGCUCCUGUCAGGAAUCUUGGAUAUCACAAGCUUGAGUUUACUGAGUGACAUGAAAGACCUGAACAAACGUGAGCGCAUGGAGCUAAGACGGCGGACUCUCCUGCUGCUGUACUACCUGCUGAGAUCGCCCUUCUAUGACAGAUACUCAGAGGGUAGGAUCCUCUUUCUGCUGCGCCUGAUGGCAGAUUAUGUCCCUGGAGUUGGCUUAGUCACGCGGCCACUGAUGGAUUACUUACCAGCCUGGCAGAAAAUUUAUUUCUACAACUGGGGAUGAUUCAGCGUAAACCUGGUGGUUGUAGCUGGGGUGGCUCAGGCCGAGAGCAAAAGCUUGAGGUGAUCGGUUGACUUUAUGCAGAGGGAGCCAGCUAUGGGACCUAAAAAAUAAAUCAUGUCUUUUUGCAUCUUAUGCCAACGAUUACAGAAAUUUCUGUACAGGGAAGAGGAAAGGCUCUUCUAAUCUCUUUUAAAGUACCUCCUUGUGAACUGUGAACUCCACACACAGUGGGACUUAAAAGAAUCUAUGCUACUCCCCUUUCAAUUCUGAUGUAAUUGGUUUCAGAGCCGGUGAGGGGCCCUUUUUUUGUAUGCAUUUUGUAUGGCUGCAAGUUAAUAAAACCAGGAGUCGGUGUGCUUUUGGGCUAGUUGGUC